AAAAAAAUGCAAACUAAGGACAACUAACAAAUAAGAAAGGUGAAUGUGCUUACUAACCGGUUUAACCGGUUUCCCACGCUGGGGAGAGGCUGCGUUCAAGGGCGCGCGCUAGAGCACUAAGGAGUGUUGACCACAGCAGUUGACUGACCCUUUGUAAUACUGUUGAGUACUGUAGCAAGCGUCUUGACGUGAGAGACGCUCAUAGCCCCAACAAGCUGAAACAAGAAGCCGAAACUCCUGACCGGAGGGGCGGGUAUUGGAGCAGACUCUGGAAAAACAAAAAGCCACAAAAUGCCGGAGGAAGAUCAUUACGGAAAGCAUGGUGAACCCAGAAAAUAUGACCCCAACUUUAAAGGGCCAAUCCAAAACAGAGGCUGCACAGACAUUAUUUGCUGUAUUAUUUUUGUCGUGGCCAUACUUGGAUAUAUAGCUGUGGGAAUACUAGCAUGGUCUCAGGGUGACCCUAGGAAGGUUAUUUACCCCACAAACAGUAGAGGGGAAUUCUGUGGUCAAGUUGGAACUCCUCUGGAGAAGAAGCCCUACCUCUUCUACUUUAACAUCCUGAAGUGUGCGAGUCCUGUAGUCCUGCUAGAGUUCCAGUGCCCCACCACUCAGAUUUGUGUGGAGAAAUGCCCUGACAAAUCCAUGGCUCUAUUAAAAAUUGCAACCAAUGACCGGGCUUACUACAAAAGCUUCUGUACAGAAGACCCAGGCAACCUGAGUCCGACUGAGAUCCUGAAAAAGGGGAUUUGUCCUGCAGUGCUCAUCCCUAGCAAGCCAUUCACACGGAGGUGUUUCCCUGCUCUUGGAAAAAAGGGAAAUGAGGUCACUGUAGGAAACAGUACCAAUUUUCUGGACCCACAGGGCAAUCCUGUAAAGGCCAAUGACUUACUGCCAGCUGUAAAGAAUGCCACAAUACUUGCUGAAACUCGAAUGGUGGUGAUGAAGAUCUUUGAGGAUUUCACACAGUCAUGGUAUUGGAUAAUCCUUGGCCUGGUCAUAGCAACAAUCCUGAGUCUGAUCUUCAUUGUACUGCUGAGGUUCUUAGCUGGCAUCAUGGUCUGGGUUAUGAUCAUCAUGGUCAUCCUCGUCAUUGGAUAUGGUAUCCUCCACUGCAGCCUGGAGUAUGUUCAUCUAAAGAACACCCCUGGGGCCAACAUCACCCUCAAGGAGCUGGGCUUCCAGAUGGACUUGAAUGUGUACCUGCAUAUCAGACAGACCUGGUUAGCCUUCAUAAUCAUUCUGGCAAUAGUGGAGCUGAUCAUCAUCCUGCUCCUAAUCUUCCUCAGAAAGAGAAUCUUAAUCGCCAUUGCUCUGAUCAAAGAGGCCAGCAGGGCCAUCGGACAUGUGAUGUCAUCGUUGUUUUACCCUCUGUUAACCUUCUUGCUCCUAUCCAUAGUCAUUGCAUACUGGGCCAUCACAGCUAUCUUCCUCUCCACAUCCAAUGAGGCAGUGUACAAAGUCUUUAAUCAGGGUGAGUGUAUAUACGCAAGGAACAGCUGCAACCCCGAGAACUACACCACCUCUGAAAUGCAGAAACAGUGUCCAGAGUCACAGUGCCUUUUUGCGUUCUAUGGCGGUGAAUCUGCCUACCACAAGUACCUCAUCUUCCUACAGUUCUACAACGUCUUCCUCUUUUUCUGGUGUGCCAACUUCGUGACAGCCUUGGGUCAGAUGACCUUGGCCGGUGCAUUUGCUUCCUACUACUGGGCAUUCAACAAGUCCCGCGAUAUGCCUGCCUGCCCAGUGUUUGCCUCAUUUGGCAGAGCUCUCAGGUAUCACACCGGCUCUCUUGCAUUCGGUUCUCUCAUCUUGGCAAUCGUUCAGGUCAUCAGGGUUCUGCUGGAGUACCUGGACCACAAACUAAAAGUGGCCCAGAAUAAAUUUGCCAAGUUUCUUCUCUGCUGCCUCAAGUGCUGCUUCUGGUGCCUGGAGAAAUUCAUCAAGUUCAUCAACAGGAAUGCUUAUAUCAUGGUGGCCAUUUACGGUAAAAAUUUCUGCACUUCAGCCCGGGAUGCCUUCUUCCUAUUGAUGAGAAAUGUGAUCAGGGUUGCUGUCUUGGACAAGGUCACGGAUUUCUUGUUGUUUUUGGGGAAGCUGCUUAUUGUGGGCAUUGUAGGUGUCCUUUCCUUCUUCUUCUUCUCUGGAAGAACAAAAGGAGUGGAUGUUGUGCCCAAUUUGAAUUAUUACUGGGUGCCCAUUCUGACGAUUAUGGUGGGCUCCUACCUUAUUGCCCAUGGAUUCUUCAGUGUGUAUGCCAUGUGUGUUGACACACUCUUCCUUUGCUUCUGUGAGGAUCUGGAGCGCAACGACGGCUCUGCAGCUCGACCGUAUUACAUGUCGUCUACGCUGCACGAGAUCCUGUUCAAGGACACCGGGGAACCCGCUGUCAAUUCUCCAUUUUCACCCCAGGAGGAAAAGGUCCCGCUGAGAACACACAAGGCCUCCAUGGAACAAGACUAGCAUGCAGCCUCCAAAGAUUAGUCAUUCUGUCUGUUUCAUUGGCAACUCAGCACAUGUUCAGCUGAUGUCCUUAGAUUUGUAAAAAGCAUUGACUACCAUGGUGUAGAUUAUGUGUCAGUCACUUCAAUCUGUUGUUACUGUUAUAUAAUGUGUGAUUCAUUCAGUGACAGUAGUUCAUUGUUAUUUUAAAGAUUUAGAAAUUGGUGCAUUGAUUGAAAUUUUUUUUUUUAAGCAAAGCUGCUUACAAGUGAGACAGAAUACAACAGUUAAUGCUUAAGGGUCUCACAUGGACCCCACAGUGGUGAUAUGUGUCUUGAGCAGUGAAUGUCUUUGGGAAUUCUUACAUUCCCAAAAACCUUAUUAUAGGCAGAUGUGGAAGCAUGUUGCCAUAUAGCUUGUGUAUACUUGUGUUUUGUAAAAGAAUAUCUGAAUAUUUAGUCGGCACCAUUAUCUCGUACCUACAUCUUUCACGGAAGGUACGACACCUUGCUAAUAAACUUACUGUAUCUAAAGAACGCAGGGAGUAACUGCAGUGUACUUCAGUAUAAAAUAUACAAGUAGUAAAGGUUGCAGCGUAAUAUACAAAUGUUCCAUUGAAACUCUUGGGAUUUGUUACUCAGUAGUCAUGUCCAUUUAUCAGAAGCACUUUACACAGAGGAAGAAUGUUUGUCCGAAACGUCCUGUUCUCUGCAGCCAUUUUUUUUUUCCACUGAUGCACUCACCUGCCACUUUGAUAGGAACAGAUAUUAGCCCUGCUCAUUCAUGUAAUUAAUUCAAUCAGCUGCUUCAGUGGCAGCAGUGCAGUGCAUAUAAUCUCUGGCACUAACAUCCAUGCCGUUGUUGGUAAAUCAGUUUUUUUUUUUCCCCCCAAUUCUGAUGUUCGUUGUGAACAUUAAGUGUAGCUUGUGGCCAUGUUUGGAUGCACUGCUAUCUGGAUAAUUGGCCAGAUGUUCCUAAUAAAAUGAUUGUUGAGUAUAUACAGAACUGUGCAAAAAUCAGACACAUGCAAAGAAAACCUGUUCUCUUAAGUACACUGCCAAGCAGUUUUAUAAGGUAAUUGGUUUCUAGGUUUUUUCAAACAUCUGGGAGAACUUCCCUCAGCACUUUUCUAGACUUUUACCGUCUUACUACUUUUACUUUCUGCAACUAAUGUCAGACCCCUUGUUGUAAAUCUGAAAUAUAGCCUCUUAUUUGAUUAAAAAAAAAAAAAAAAAAGAUGCAUAGA